GACUAAAGAGAGCCUCCCUGUUUAGAUCUGUUUAAGCUUCGCCGUUUAUAUUACAGAUCUGUAAUAUCUUCGCCAUUGCAAGUGAAUAUCGCGAGAACCAAAGCCAUUCUGCCCAAUAAUAAUAAUGAAAAAUUUCCCGUCAAUUACUUUUGAUCCUUAGUCUCUUUGAAAAAGACUGAACCUAUGACCUUGGAGAGAUUAUGCUUCUAUCAAUGGUUUCGGUUUCCACGGUUUCGAUCAUGUGAAAUAAUUUCUCAAACUCUCCACAUCGGCCUGCUUAAACAAGAACCUAUUCUGAACUGAACACCAGCUCAAUCCAGUUUUAACAGGAGUGAUAAAUUUGACAUGGAAAGAUGGACCGAGCAGACCCCAAGAUCCCAGAAAACGUUUGUUCAGGACCCCAUCCUAAGAAGGAAUUGGAAUGUGAUGAUAAUCAGUCGGCCACACGCAGCACAUUUGAACACUUUAAAGAAACGAUGGAUCAGUUCCAGCAAGGCAGAGUGGAGAUAGCCACAGAUUCUUUGCAAGCUGCGUAUGAGAUUUUCCUGAAACUAAAUCCAGUUAGCUUCGAAAACCCAACUGAUUACGAGAAGGAGCAAGUGGAUCGAGGUAGAGAGAUGUGUUUGAGUCAAAGCUCCGCUCCUCCUUUCUUUGGCGCGGUUUUGUCGGACCCUGAGCCGAUCGCAGAUAAGAAUGAUUAUUUUUAUGCCAGCUAUACUAUUGUCUUAGGAGCUGUUGCACUCAAGUUGCAUAAAUAUAAAAUAGCUAUAGACUUAUUUCAGCGCUGUGAUUCUCUUUUCACAUCUGAUACUACGCCAGGUCCUAAACACAAAACACAAGCUAUCGAUAUCUUAAUAGCAGUAGCCAAGACUAAUAUAGGCUGUGUUUAUCUGAUUACGAGAGUCGUGGACAAGGCUAAGGAUUAUCUAGAAUGUGCGCUGGAGAUUUUUGAAACAUUUAAAAACAAAAACAAAGCUAACUCGCUGGAAACAAACAUUGUUACUAUACAAACCAACUUAAGUUUAGUUUACCAGUUUCAGAACAACUACCCAGCUGCAGUGAAGUUGCAUGACUGUCUCCUUUUGAAAGUCAAAGACCCCAAUCUUCCCCUUCAUUUGGUAGCUGCCAUACACUACAAUCGAGCUGAGUUACUCUUGGAGAUCAAAGAGCCUGUGAAAGCACUUAUGGAGCUGAACAGAUUGGAUUUACUUGCUGAGAAGAUGAACAAUAGAGAUGGAAUAUUCUCGAAAUUUAUAUCGUCCAAAAUGUGUCUGGCUUAUCAAAUGGCUGGAGAGGUGGCUUGUGCAAAGAAAAUGGCCGAGCGCUUGAUUUUCCCUUCUCUUUAUCCUAAAUCAUCAUCACCACCACUCUCGCCUUCCUCAAAAUCGUCCUCUUCAUCAUCAAGUUCAGGGUCAUCAUCAGGGUCAGGGUCAUCAUCACCAUCAUUGUCACCGGUUUUAUCAUCGUCGCCAUCAUCAUCAUCAUCAUCAUCGUCAUCACUGUCUUCUCCGUUUUCUGUUACGUCAGUGAUAUCUUCAUUUUCCCUUUUCCUUUUCGAUUUUGAAGCCGUCCUCGGUUGUUAUGGAAAAUUCAGUUGGGACUUCUUGUUCGCAAUGAUAUUGAAUAUAGUUGAUUUUUACUUGAAAGAAGGAAACUUAGACUUUGUAUCCUUCCUUGACGUUUUUGUACCAAGUUGCAGAGAAACGCUGGGGAAAAACCACCCCACAUAUGCAUUGUUUCUUUAUAGGCAAGGUGUUAGAUUUCUCCUGAUGGAACGAAACUUGUCAUCAAAGAAUUGCUUUGAAGAAGCAUUAAGUACUUUGACAAGUUCUGACUUCGGUUCAGAUCACCCGGAUUUAGUGCAAUGUAAUAUCGGCCUUGCAAGGCUAUUAUUGUGCGAGGACUUUCAAGAGGUUCGUAAGUUGAAGUCGUGCCCUGACCGAAGCAAGCAAGAGUUUUCUUGUGACGCAGCAGAUGGUGUUGUGAGUCCUGAUAUUCCAUCUUCUAGAGAGGACAGUAACAAGUGGGACUGCAACGAAGAAUUAGAAGAACAAGAUGAAAUCUCUGUUCAAGAAAACCGUAGAGGCAAGCACGAUGAUCGCCUUGAAAAAGUGUCCCAAAAGGAUAAGAACAGAGGAAUCAGCACUUCGCAGAAGAUACUGGAAACACAAAAUGUGGCCUGUGAUGGACGGAGUGACGCUCUUCAAGUUUCUUUUCAUGGAGGAGAUGUGGUUGCAGACGGCGGUGAUAACCCCGAUGCACUCGCCACGAAUGGAGCAUGUGAUGUUGACAAAGAUUGGAAUGCUCAAGCUGUUGCCCCUCCAAAGCCACAAGGAGAUUUGCUUGAGAGUAAUUCGAAAUCAGAAAGAUAUCGUGGUUUAAAAGGUGGACGCCGAAGCAAUCUUUCGUCAGGUCACGGUUCACAAAGGGAUCCUAGUGAAGAUGAAUGUGGAAAAAAUCAUAUCGGAAUAGAUCCCAGUUUUCUCGAACGCCAUUCUUAUGAGUACAAUGCAUCUGACAAGCAAUGGGAUAUUUGUGGCCCAUAUGAAGAUUUAGAAGAACCCUCAGGUAUCCACUCUGAGUACAACAGAUCUGGGUAUAUGCCUGAGGUGUGCUACCCUACUCCGCCAAGUUCAUCGACAUAUCCUGGAUGUCCUGAUGUCACAACUUUUACAGCCGGAGAUCAUUCUGCCUUCACUAGCACCACGGGAUCUCUUCCACAAGCAUACUUAAGUCCUGAUGGGUAUCAGCCUCAAGAGCCAUCCCUAAACUUAGUCCUGAUGCCCAAAGUUGUUCCAGCGAAGACCUUACAACUGCCUCAAACUUCAAGUUUCCUGGAAGAUGGAUCUGAAGCAAAAUCUAAAUCAAAAUCUAAAGCAAAUUUCCCGUUGACAGUCAAAGAGUUCACCAAUGAUAACGUACAAGCAAGAACUGUGCCAAAUAUCUCCGCGGAUGUACAUGUACUCGCCGAAAGGCCGACGUUCCGAUCGCAGUUUGAAAGAGAAGAUGACGCUCCGAGAAUUUUUUCGGACCGGGAAAGUGUAGAUGCUAGUCUUGGUCUGUUUAACAGUAAUUCAAAUACGUUUGCUGACGAAUCCUUGGCUGUACUCGAGCGACGUGUGGCUGAAGCUUGCUCGCUUGUCGAAAGAACGUUGAAAGAAAGACAAGAAAGAGAGAAAGCGUUGAAAGAAACUGAGCAAAAAAGAAAAGAAGAGCGGGCAAGGAAAGAACAACAGGUACGUGAAAGAAAAGAAAAGGAAGCGAGGGAAAUGAGGGAAAGGGAACACAGCAGUGAAAGAGUUGAAGGGAACGCGACGGGAGAUGGAGGAGAAACACCUUCGCAAGACUCGGCUGUUACUGAGGGUCAACAAUGGCUGUGUGAGCAUUAUCAGCGGCUCUGCCGUGUCAAGUUCCCAUGCUGCGGAAGGUUCUUUCCUUGCCAUCGUUGCCACAAUAACUCAGGGUGUCCAAAUGACAAUUCGAAAGCAAGAGAGGCGUGUUAUGUCGAGUGCUCUAUUUGUAGCCAUCAACAAGAGAUCAACCAGGACGCCCACACCUGUGUCAGAUGCAAAACAAGGUUUUCAGCAUAUUUCUGCUCUGUAUGUAAACACUUUACAGGCGAAGAUAAAGCUCCUUAUCACUGCACAAAAUGCGGUAUCUGCCGUAUCUACAAGGACCGCUCCUUCCACUGUGACGUGUGUAACGUCUGUCUGGACAAACGGCUGGAAGGCAAACAUUCCUGCCGAGAAAAUUCAGGACAUGACGAGUGCUGCAUCUGUUUGGAGGACGCGUUCAGCGGUUGUCAGAUCCUGCCAUGCUCCCACAAAGUUCACCGAGAGUGUGCUAUUGCUAUGAUACAGAACGGCGUUCGCAGCUGCCCCAUUUGUCGUCAUCCUUUGUACAGCCAGGCAGGAAUGAAUGAGUGAAUACCAAUCUCGAUUCCAUUGUUCAGAGUUUCAAGGGAAGGAAAAUUUUUUCCUAUCGACAUGUUUUUACUAAGUGCCCUGAUUGAUGUAUUCAGAGAAAAUUUAAAGAGAACGGUGUGGAUUGUUAGGGUGAAGCGGGUUAAAGAUCCUAAUUGUUAUUUCAAUCUUGCUUGAGGAAUCAGGUAAUCACGUCAUGAAUUUCCUAUGGAAUAAUACGAUCAUAAUAAGUGGUACAUUUGGAUGGCAGACAGCUAGAACCCACAAGGCUUUUACAAGGAACCUUCCACGGGACCGAGAAAAAUAAAACUAAAUUACAUUUAAUUACAUUGAAUAUAAUAUUACAUUACAUCACUUGUAAAAGCGUAAAUGACUGGUAGUCCUAGUUAUGAAGAGAAUUGAUAGUAUUGUUUUUUUUCAUAAAGUAAGCAUUUUUUCCCGAAAGAGGCAGAAGAGACUCAGAACUAGUAAUAUCAAAAGGCCGAGAGUUCCAAAAUUCCAGUGGACUUGGACAUCUUUCGGGUUUCAAGAAAGGUAUUCAUCUAGAAAUACCCAAAAAUUUUUACCAGAUGCACAUUAUUUCAAGGGGCUUCAUUGAGAAGUAUCAUUAGCGACUAAUAUCGCUUUAGCCAGGUGAGAAAAAUUAGGUAGAUCGUUGAUGUAGGGCAAAAAGAAAAGUGGUCCUGAGAUGAAUCCUAGGUGUACGCCACAUUUAACAGUCUGAUAAGAUUAAGAUGCGGAUAAGUACUGAACAAAAUGCCUUCGUUGGAAAAAAAAUGACUUUUUACCCUUUGAAGAAUGGUUGCUCUAAUGCCAUAAUGCUUAAGCUUGAAAGAAAAGAUCUCAUGAUUCAGUGUCAAAUUACUCAGAAAAGUCUAAAAAUGUACCCAUAGUAAUCUCGUUACGGUCGAUGGAAGAUGCAAUUCUCAUAUAGAAGUAUUCGAUCAUUAUCUUUGAAGGUUUUUAAAAAUACCAUUAGGGAAACUAGACUUGUCAGGUUUGAUAUAUCGUCAUACUUUUCACCUAGUAUCUUCAAUUAGUUUUAGCUAUCCUCAUUUUGUGAAAAGAUAUACCCAGUUUUAUGUAAAUAGUUUGAAAUUUUAAUUUAAUCUUUUAUCAUCUUAGAUACUGUGGAUGGUUUUAUCUCAGUUUAGUUUUUUUUUCUUUUACUUCUGUGCUAUACCUUCCAAAACUAUAGAAAUUACUACCUGACUCAUAUAGAACUAUUCGAUCUUGCAUUAUCUUAAUUUAAUUCUUCUUACUUUUACUUGUGCUACGGCUACCAAAACUAUGGAAUUUAUACCAGACUCAUGUAAAAGCAAUUUGUUCCUCAAAGGUUUAAUUUCUGAAAAUACCACUAGAAAACUAGGCUUGUUAUGGUUUGAAAUUUGAUAUUGAUAGUUUUAGCUUCCCUCAUUUAAAUGAAAUGAUAUGUCUAGUCUUGUGUAAAUAGUUUUAAGCCUUAAUUAUAACCUUUUGGCAUGUUAGUUACUGUAGAUGGCAUUAUCUUAAUUGUUUUUUACUUUUCUUUCUGUUAUACCUGCAAACUAGCAGGUGAGAUUGUUCUCACAAAUGCUAAGUGUAAAUGAACAAUAAACUCGACUUGAACUUGAA